CGCUAUAAUCGAUUUUACUACGGCCCGACAUUCACCGCCCACCGAGCCGUUUGGUGGCACCGUGGCACACGCCUUCCGUAGUUUGCUCGAACUUGAAUGAAUGAUAUGGUCCCGCAAAUUCGACCACAUUUUUACACCCACUUUCAGUUUGUCUUCCUAAAAAUUGGUGGGGAUAACUUUGCUCAGCAUUUUUAUGUGUUGAGACAUUCUACUCUUGUCGCAAGGAUCUGGAAUGUGGGCCUGGCUCCAAUCUUGAGGUCCUCCAUCAACUGGCUUGUUUCAGGAAUUUGUGCCUGUCGGAGCCUGUUUCCACGGUAUUGUUGGCACAUCUCGUAAACAUUCAUGUCAAAUGUUUGAUGCUCUCUGAAAAAAAAGGAGAGGACAUAUCCAGAUAAGGGAAAUUCAACCUCGUUCGUCACACCUGAGCAAAGUGGAGUAUAAAUCACUUGCCUGCAUGUGUCACUCCCACUUCAGCAUUCACAGAGGGUAGAUACACGUCAGGCGAGUUCUUCCAUGUGUUGUUGGGUUGUGUGCACACAUAUAGCAGUUUGAUUGUAAGGAUUGUUGCCUGAUCAAGAAUAAGAGUGUGUAUAUGUACAAGACGAGAACAUCGAAUUGUGGAAUAACUGCUCUCUGGAAGAGAUAAAUUUAAGAGUUCAUUUUCAGUGGAGUUCAUCAAAAAAUGAAGCGAAAGACAAGGAGUGCAGAAAGAUGAUCAGAUAUGCAGCAUGUGCCGUGGAUGAUUGUUUUUUAGUGAUAUCGAAAAGCAAUAUUUGACAACCUUUGCAGUGGUGAUUAUCUAUGCACGAGAGACAGCAAGGUGGAAGCACUGAAAUGGUGAGAGGAACUGACAGCCUUGGACAGAUGGGUUUGUAAACCAAAGGCCAAGUGUGCAGGAAAUGAGAACUACGUAGUGCCAGUUCCUGUUGUUUAGCUGCACCACAUACACGUACACAUUGCACAGGGUUAUUGGAAGGUGGAGAUAUCAUCAGUGACAGCAUCACCACGUAGGGGGGACCAAGUCACUAGCCAAGAGGAGCUGGACGUCAUCUUCUGCUGAUUCAGACGGGCUUGCAGCUUGUCUCUCGGUUGCAAAAACCAUGACUUCCAACUUCCUAAUGAGAUUACUAAAGCGUGGCUCGGGGCCACCUCGGCCACAAGUGGAUAUGCAUGCACUCUUUACCAGCUCCCAGAUGAGUACCAUGAUACUCCAGGGGCAGCUGUCAGUCCAUGAACCCUGGCGUCGGAACAAGAAGAAACCCAAGAUCAUCUAUGCGUGCCUGUACACCAACGAUUCCAGCCCCUUUAUCGUGUGGUACACGGACAAAGCGCACAAGAAGCCCCGGGGAUUCUUUAACAUCCGGGGUGGCAAAAUCGCCCCCGUUGGGGAGUUCAGCUUCCAGAUUGCCUUCAAGGACCAGACCAGCCAGAUCUACAAGUUCAACACCUCGACCUGGGAGCGGCGCGAGGAGUGGCUGCACCUGCUGCGCAAGGAGAGCCGCAAAGAGGUCCAAAUGCCGCUGAUCGAGACCAUUUGCAAGCAGGACUACCAUGUCAGCCAGGACGACCUGGCCAUCACCCAGACAGCUGACCAGAAGGCCAGACAGCAGCAGCUCCGGCCCAGUGGAAGGGGCAUCGCAGGACAGUCAGCGCCGGUUCACCGUCGCCGCAGCGCUGCACCGUCCAGCUGCAGCGAAGCAGAAGCCAGCCGCACAUCCAGAAGGGCCGGCUUAUCAAGAGGAGACCCACUGUCCUGGAAAAGCACUCGCCGACCCUCGGCCAGACAGUACAGAGUGAGAGGAGGUUUAUACGGGCACCAGAGGUUUGUCGUAGCUGAUUCGUAGCAUGAGAUUAUGUUUUCCAUUUGCCAUUUUUGCACUGAAUAUUUUCUAAAAAUAUUGCAUAUUUAUAAAAUGAUUAUUUUCUUCACUACUCCCUUUCUGAAUGAGUACUUGUUCCCAUGGACGGUACACAGAGCUCAAUGUGUGAGAAAACCUACAUGUACACACGACAACUUGCAGGAAAAGCCUGUGUCACUGAAUUUAGAGCUUGAUUAAUGCCAACGUACACGGUUCUUAAAACAGUGCACUGAACAGAAAUGGAGAAAUAAAUUCUGCAUUGUUGAAUUGUGACACAAUAUCACUUGCGUUUUCAUUUCCUGGAUUCUGAAUAGUUUGGUUUCCAACAAAUACAUGUACCACCCCUGCCUUUA